CCUCAAAAAGUGCUUCAUAUGAGUCAACUUCAUGCUACUAUGAACCGACAUAACUGUUUGAAAGAAAUUAAAUUAUCAAUAAAGCAGUACAAGCAAAAUAAUGUUGCCUUACCAAUACUCAAAGAAAAUGAAAGUGAUAAUGUGUUUAUAGUGGAUAAUGAUUCGGAUAAUAAAGCAGAAGAAGUUAAUGAAGAAAAUAAAGUUAAUAUGAUCUUUGAAGAAGAAGAGGAUGAAAUUGAUCUUACCAUAGGUAAAGAUAAUGUAGAUCGAAUUAUUUGUGAUACAAAUCAUCCAGCUAUCAACAAUGAUGCAAAGUGGAAGCUAGAAACUUUGUUCAAAGAUAAUAUUCCUGAUCCAGAAUUUAUUUAUAACUUAUAA